AAUAAAAGAUGGAGCAAGAUUUUUAACUUAGUUCCAAACUGCUUAUUUUUUGUUCAGUUUUUUUAUUUUAUUUAUUAAAUUCUAAUAUUUUUGAGGUGUUUUUUACUAUGCCUAUUAUCUAUGUAAUGUAUAUUGUAUACUAUGAGGUUUUUUUUUUGCAAUCAUUUUGUUUUCAAUUUUGGACUGUAAGUUUGCAAUUAUCUAUUUGACCCCAAAAAAAAUCUGGAUUUCUUUGGGAGCGAAUACGGUGUAGAUACAGAAGUGAGAUGACGAGGUUGCUAUCGAGGACGUUCCCGUCCGUGAAGCUCCGCGAUACCAACCCUAAAGCUUCCGAUUUCAAAAUAUUGAAAAACCCAAAAACCCAAGUUCCGAUUUCAUCAUCCUCUUCGCAAGAAUCGCAAGAGAAUUUGAAGAUCCCAAAUCCCAAAUCCUGGUCUGUUUAUCUCAUUCUCUCCACAAACGAACCCAUCAAAACAUAUGUUGGAAUCACCACAGAUUUUGCUCGCCGAUUAAAGCAGCACAAUGGUGAAAUUAGAGGUGGUGCAAAAGCUUCAAGUUCAGGAAGACCAUGGCUUUGUGCUUGUAUCAUCACUGGAUUCACUUGUUUAAGCCAAGCUGCCUCGUUUGAAUCGAAAUGGAAGCUCUUCUCAAGAAAGUUACCGCGGAGAAAGAAAGAUGAGGAGAUGAGUCAGAGUGAUGCUUUGCUUCAACACCGUAGGAGAGCAUUGGAUAAAGUCGAGGAAUCACUUGACUGCAGUCAUCUUGAAACUAACUGGAAAAUCUAACCAGGUAUCCAACCAACUACUAACUGAAUUUAUCAGUGGAAUCACCGAAGUUCUUUGCAGCGCAUGAGUUCCCUUAUGUAAUGAAUAUUUAUGUCGAGACAUGAUGACGAUAGGGAAAAGAGUGUAACUAGCAUUUAGGUUUUACUUGUUUGAAAACUACAUUGCACAACCCCAUGAACAUUGAUUUCUUACAGCUGUUGUAACUUUUAAGGAUGAUACACCAAAUACAAAGCAAUUGUAAUCAAGAUUGGUUGAUUCAGUUUUUAGUUUUCUU